AACCCGUUCAUCCAGCCUUCCCUUGCGUCCGUGGCUCCUUGUCAUACCACUGCUCUUGUCACCUCGAACCGCCGUGAGCGUGAACCCAUCACAAUGGCAACCGAAAAGCUGCAAAAGUACGCGUCCAAACCGCGAGUCUUCAUUUUGUCGGACAUCUCCAAUGAACCCGAUGAUGCGGAAUCUCUCUGCCGUUACCUCCUCUACUCGAACCAGUUCACAACCGAAGGCCUCGUGGCAUGUACAUCCACCUGGAUGAAGAACAAAGUCUGCCCGCAAGACAUGCACAAGAUCGUAGAUGCGUACGCAAACGCAGUGGACAGUCUGAACGCACACGUCCAUCCAGACCAUCAGUACCCGACGGCCGACUACUUCAGAAGCCUUAUCAAGAAGGGUGCCGAGACGUACGGCAUGACAGCUGUGGGCGACGAAAUACCACUCAGCGAAGGCGGCCAGUUGCUCUACGAUCGCAUCCUCACACCCAGUACCGACCCGCUCUGGGUCCUCUGCUGGGGCGGCACCAACACGCUCGCCCAAACUCUCCUCAAAAUCGACGCCGCCUUCUCCCCAGAAGACUCCCAGCGACUCAUGUCCCGACUGCGCGUAUAUACCAUCUCAGAUCAAGAUAACACAGGAUCAUGGAUUCGCACCAACUUCCCAGACAUCUUCUACAUCGCCUCAGUCCACGGAUGGAAUCAGUACGGCAUGGCUGCCUGGACAGGCAUCUCAGGCGACCGAUACUAUGGUUUCGACCAAGGCGGACCCGACUUCACCAAAAUGGAGAAACAAUGGAUCAAAGACAAUAUCCAGAUCGGCCCCCUGGGCUCCGCAUACCCAGACUACCUCUUCAUCCCCGAAGGCGAUACCCCGACGUUUCUCUACCUCCUCCAAAACGGGCUCAACGCGCCCGAGUUCCCAGACUUUGGCUCUUGGGGUGGGAGAUACUCGCGCACCGACAUCAGCGCAGACGGCGCAAACAGCAACCACUACUCGGACGCCGUUGACCGCGUCGUCGGCACAGACGGCAAAACAAUAUACACCUCCAACCACGCUACGAUUUGGCGCUGGCGCGAUGCCUUCCAGAACGACUUUGCGGCACGCAUAAAAUGGACCAUGGAGUCUGACUUUGCCAAAGUGAACCACCACCCCGUGAUUUGCGUCAACAACGACUGGGGCCUGCAUCCGCUGCGUCUCGAAGCCGAAGCAGGUGAGACAAUCACGCUCGAUGCGUCGAAGACGUACGACCCGGAUGCCAACGACACGUUAUCGUUCAAGUGGUGGCACUACCGCGAGCCGACGGCCACGCAGUGGUGGGUCGAUGCUGAAGUCGCACUGCUCGGUAUUCAAAAGGUCGAUGAUGAGGGAAGGAAAGUUACGGCUACGUUGCCUCCGCCCGAUAAGUCAGCUGUGGAUCUUAUGAGUCGUCAGCCAGUGGCUAAGGGUCAAUUGCUGCAUUUGAUCUUGGAGGUGACGGAUAGUGGGAGCCCGCCAUUGAAGUCGUAUCGGAGGGUGUUGAUUCAGGUCACGAAUAAGGAGUUGAAGGGUGGGGGUGGGAAGGGAGGGGAUGCGAUUGGCGAUGUUAUGAAGGCUGCGGCGUAG